CUUUCUUUCUUUCUACCUUUCUUUCUUUCUGCUUUUCAAUCUUCUUUCUUUCUUCCUUUCUUCAAUUCUAUCUUUCUCCCUUGUGGCCACAAGUGAUUGUAGGGAUUAUUCAAUCUCAUUAUAGAACAGUCAGGGUAUUUAACUCUGCGGGGAGAGAAGAAUCGAGGCGUAAAAUAUACAGCCCUUCGGGACCCACGAAAUUGACUGUUAUAGAUGGUCGGGCCACCUUUAUCGACCCAUCCUUCGUCUGUUACGGGCUUCGAUUACCAUUAAAAUGAAAAAAAAUAGAGAGAGAUCAAUAGAAUUCACCAUCAUCCAGACGAAAUCAAAGCUAUGAAUAAUUUGCAAGGGAAUGUAUACUGAAAGAAAGAGUAAGUUGCCUGAUCUUAUUGUGGUCAAGGUUGUUGUUGUUGUUGCUGUUGUUGUUUUUGUUAUUAUUGUUGUUGUGGUCGUCGUCGUGUUGUUAUUGUUGUUGCUGUUGUUGUUGUUGUUGUUGUUUUUCGCACAAUGUAAUUGUCAAUAAUGAUCUCCUCAGGUUCGUAUGAUAGGCUUCACAGAGGAAAUGCCAUAGAUGCCCUGUACUUUCGUCCCACUUCCUUUAAAAAUAGUUUUGGGGGAAACUUGAAGCGGUGAAAGUCGAAGAUAAAAGAACUCUACUUUCAGCAUGCUUUCGGGAUAUAAUGUGUGGAGAUUUAUGCCAAAAACGUGUAUUAUAUCCUUUUUGUCUCUCUUUCAGUGAUCUCUGAGUAGGUGUGUUUCUUCUCGACUACUGGAGGUUACGGAGCAUGCAUACACCUGUGCUAUAGAAGAAUACAUAAAAUUACAUGCCAGCUUUCUGGGCGUUUUAAAGGAAACUUAAACGUUUUUCAUGGAUUAUACUGCGUGUGCAUCUAAGUGUUUCUAUGUGAGCUGUAACAACUAAUGAGAAGUUUGAAGUGUUUAGACAGUGCCAAGGAACACCUGUCCCGAGAACAAUAACGACUAUAGCAGUCUGUUCAUAGAGUUUGCGAGGGUAAAAAUAAAGUAUAGAAGAAGACUUACCUCACACCCUACCCAACUUUGAACCACAGGUACCGUCGUUGUGGUCAAAGACAUGCAUAUGGCGCUCACAUGACAAAAUUGUGUAGUUAGUGCCGUAAAACAUAUACUUAAACAACCAAAUAAACAAACAAACAAACAAAAGACAUGCACUGGAUGGAGACACAACCAUGUCCUGGAUUACUCACGGCCUGACCCUACUCAAUCCGGAGAUUUUCUGUGCCUGGACUUUGCUCUCGCUGCUGCUGCACACCCUCGCCCUGAGUGGCAUGGAGGUGGAGGCUGGGCUCGCCGACGGCUUGGUCAAGAAGAACGUUACAAAGGUCAGCAGCAGCAACUCAGGUACGAGAAUGGUCAGCGACGAGCAGCAGGAGGGGGAAGAGGAGGAUGCCCCUUACUUCCUCAACACUCAGCGAUUUAUCAGCGUCUUCAGGGGGAAGAUGGCGAUCCUUCCGUGCUCGGUGAAACACCUGGGCAAGCGACAG